AUGGCGCGCACGGCCCCUGUGGAGCCCCCGCUGCGACAUCCCGCGCCCCCCUCGCCAGCCGCGGGUGAGCCCCGCACCUCGGUUGAGGCUGCGGUGGCCCCUCGGAGGGUGCUGUUCGCUGAUGAGGCCUUAGGGCUGCCGCUGGCGCAGCUGCGCCGCUACCGGCCGUGGGGCGGUCCCGGGGCGGGCAAGAUGGCGGCGGCGGCCGGGCAAGAUGGCGGCGGCGGCGGGGCUGACGAGGACGACGAUGGCGAGGAUGGGGAUGAAGGGGAGGAGGAAGAGGAGGCCUGCCCCGAGCCCUCGCUGCUGUACCCCGUCCCCGCUGGCGGGGGUUUUUACCUGGUGCCCACAUUUUCGCUGCCGCCCGCGCCGGGCCGUCUGGAGCGCUUGGGGCGCGUCAUGGUGGAGCUGGAGGCGCUGCUGCCGCCUCCCGGAGCGGUCCCCGGGGGUACCGGGGUGUGGGUGCCUGGGGGGCGCCCGCCGGUGCUGCGCGGGUUGGUACGCGUGCUGAACCGCUCCUUUGAGAAGGCGGUGCACGUGCGGGCCUCACACGACGGCUGGGCUUCCUUCUGCGACCACCCAGCGCGCUACGUCCCGCGUAGCCCACCGGGGGCAGGAGCGGGAGGAACAGGAGCAGGAGAUCCCAUCUUCGAUACGGGUCUUGGCCUGGGCCCUGGCCAGGCGGCCGCCUCCUCGCCCGACGACGGCGGCCGCACCGACCGCUUUGCCUUCCAGCUGCCCUUUGCUGAGGGCGCGGGCGAUGGGGCGCGCCUCGACUUCGUGGUGCGCUAUGAGACCCCCGAGGGCACUUUCUGGGCCAACAACCACGGCCGCAACUACACAGUCCUGCUCCGGAUCGCACCCGCUCCCACACCCACUGAUGCUGAAGGGCUGCCCCAGCAGCAGCAGCUGGAGCCACAGCCCGAGUGCCAGGGUCCAGUGGAGGCUGAGGCCAGGCAGCUGAAGAGCUGCAUGAAGCCGGUGAGGCGCAGGCCUGCUGAGGAAGAGCUGAGGAUGAAGACCGUGGGUGAUAACACCCCUGCUGUGGCAGAGCGUCCUGAUGUCCAGGAGUCAGUGGGUCCCCUGGUAGCCCCCACCCCUCUCCGUCCAUGGCCCCAGAUGACACUUCAGGUUUCUGAAGUUACAAUGACUGGCAACCCCCCAGAAGAAGGUGACAUCCCCAGAAGCAGUCCGCCUGUGGCUUUCACAGAGGUCCUUCAGGCACCAGCCAUCAGGAUUCCCCCCUCCUCCCCUCUCUGUGGCCUGGGUGGCUCCCCAAGAGACCAGGCCUCUGGGCCCGAUGCAAGUGAAGGGGCCAGCGGGCCUUUCCUGGAACCCAGCCAGCAGCAGGUGGAGGCCAUGUGGGAAGUAUCAAGUGAGAAUGGAGGGGGUCGAAAGGACCCCAUGGUGGGGGCUAUUAUGGAUGAACACCCUGGGGGUCUGGAAGUCAUAAGUGGGUUAGAGGAGCUGCUUGGUGAAGACACCAUUGACCAGGAGCUGGAGCAGCUCUACUUGUCUCACCUGAGCCGCCUGCGGGCUGCUGUGGCUGCAGGUGGGGCAGGGGGUGGCGGGGAGGGCCCCACAGAUGGCGGGAUGUCCCCCAGCCAUCCCCUGGGCAUACUCACGGACCGUGACCUGAUCUUGAAAUGGCCUGGCCCUGAGCGGGCCCUGAACAGUGCUCUGGCUGAGGAGAUCACGCUGCACUACGCCCGGCUGGGACGCGGUGUGGAGCUCAUCAAGGAUACUGAAGACCCUGAUGAGGAGGGGGAGGGUGAAGAGGGGCUCUCCAUCACACCGUCCAGCCUAGAAGGGGACAGCCCUAAGGAAUCACCUCCGGAAAUCCUCUCUGGGGCCCGUUCUGUGGUAGACACUAUGGGAGAUGUGUGGCUUCCAUGGGCAGAAGGCUCAGGAAGUGAUAGCCCUGUGGUUCUGAGCACAGAGGGUCAGUUCACUGGGGACCCAGAGAAAGGGAUAGGUAAGGACACUGACUCUUUGCACAUGAAUACAGUGGUAGCUGGGGUAACUGGGUCUCUUGGGGAGGCUGGGCCAGAUGCUCAGAUGGAGGUUGCCACUGAGCUGGCAGGCAGCUUGGAUCCUAUAUCUGGCAGGGAGCCAGCUGUUCCGGUCCUUAUGCAGGGACAAAAUCCCACCCUUUUCGGUCCCUUGGGGGCCAAAGUCCAUCUGUCUAGUAUGGCCAGGCCUCAUGUGAGCUCCCAGGAUGGACAGGGUGUAAGCCCAAGCUUUGAACCCCUCAAAAGUUCUCCCACUCUAACAGCCCCUGCAGAAUGUGUGUGUGCAUUGCCUCCUCAGCUCCGGGGGCCCUUGACCCAGACUCUGGGUGUCCUGGCUGGGCUGGUAGUGGUCCCUGUGGCUCUGAACAGUGGUAUGUCCCUCCUGGUGCUUGCGCUGUGCCUCUCUCUGGCCUGGUUCUCGUAGGGGCUGCUUGUGGAAUCAGCAAUAACAGGACUCCCCGUCUCUGGGGCCUGGGGAGGGGUAGUCCCUGCACCACCCCAGAGGA